AUGCCGCGACAACCCCCCGGCCCCGUCGAAUUCAUCGACGACACGAGCAACCCAUUCCUCUUCAACGGCAUCCAGAGGCCAGGAUGGGUGUACCAGACCCUGAAGAAAGAUGACAUGGUCUAUGGAGUGGGCUUCGGCUGGUGUUCCAUAGUUCGACACAGCCGCCACCCACCCGACGAGCUGGCAGAAUACAUCUCCUCGGAACAAGCCAAGUGUCAUGAUCUGGAGCGAGAGGCGGCGAGCACUCCAGGGAGAGACAACGAGGACGAGGUCUGGACGAUCAUGGCGCGCGCAGCUUUGGCAGAGCAUCGGAUCAAGCAGGUGAUGGAGUGUCUUUCGUGGGAUUGUAACCUGAAGGUUUGGAUGAACAAGAAUGAUGAGGUGCUUUAUGACGAGGAGGGGUAUGAUAUCACGAAUGUUGCUAAGGAGGCUUGGCGGGAGGUUUGGGAGGCGUUGGAGAAGGUUAUGGGGAAGAAUGGGGAUCUGGUGAAGGUCAUGGAGGAGAUGUCGGGGAAGAAGCAGAGUUGA